CCUAUUGUUUCGAUUCUCGGAUGGUAUCGAGAUCUCUGGCGAAGGUUUUCUUACGUUUCUAUCAAUAGAAGUUACUCCGUAGUUUUCUUCAGUUUUCUUUCCCUUUUCUUGAUGUUUUUGUCAUCAAACCCUAAAUUCCUUAAUUAUUUCAAUUGGGAAUAAUAUAAUUUUCUACCUCAUACAAACAGAUGACUGCCGAUGAUGCAUUGAAGCCGGAAAAGAACACAGGCCAAGAAGAUAAAGACUCGACUGCCCAAUCUGAUGGGGAAUCUGAGGAGCAAGACUUUAUCAUAGAUCUAGAAAAAGAAGUCCAGCCUUUCUGGGAAUCUCCUAAUCUCCGGGACACAGCUAGAGANGGUAUUCUCUUUCAGAAACAAUAGUGGCAUCUGAAAAUGGUCUUGUUCAUAUUAAUUUCCUUUGACAUCUUUUAACAUAAAAAGUAUGCACACCAAUCAAUCUCAUCUCACUACUCUAUAUGAUGCUACUGCAGUGGUUAUGUGUACGAUUAUGGGUGCAGAAAGGGCCUGAUGAACAAGUUGCUUUGCUGGAAGAUGUGCUUCAAUGUGAUAAGUCUGAGGUCCAAUCCAUGCACGAAUACAGUAGUCCACUUGAAUUUUAUGCUCUAGUGAAUGAAAAAGAAACAGCUAAAUUGUUUGCUUCAGGUAUUGUCUGUUCUCUAAGAUCUGGUUAUCCACAACGAGUUAGGGAAGAGCGAAAGAAAAUCAGAAGAAAUGAAAUUAAAAGGAAAGUCGAUGCUAGAAAAAAAACAAAGAAACAAAAAGUCAGCCCGGAGGCUAAUUGCAGAGAGGCUUCUAAACCUGCUUAUAGCAAAUAUGAGCCCUACCCUCUUCUCGACGACGUGUAUAGAAGUUGGUAUCGCGUAGAAAUAAAAACAAAGAAACAGCGAGAUGAACAGAUAGCUUUUCUGCUGGAUGAGCUCAACCUUAAAUGUGACAAGUCUGAAGUGCGCUCCUUCCAUGAGUUCAUUGGUCUGUCAACAUUUAAUGCUUAUUUGACUGCAGAAGAAGCACAGAAUUUAUCUAAGCUGAAGAUUGUUCGCCUUGUCGAGCUAGGAUAUCCUAAGCGACCUCUUAGGAAAAUCAAUGCACAGCAGAAUUUUAAAGAACAAAUACAGAGCUUAGGUAGCAGGCUCUCAGAGGCAAGAAAGAACAAAGAAAAAUGGAGAUAUGAUGAAGGUUUGGAGCAGGACCUUGCAACAAGCAAAACAGGGGACUCCGACGACUAUUGCAGCAGUGAUUAUGAUGAUCCUUUUGAAGAAUAUGAGUAUUAUCCUGCUCUGGAUGCAGCUGGGAAACGGUGGUACACAGUAAACUUGGUAAAUGAUAUGCAUGCUGAUGAUCAGAUAGCUUUGCUGCUAGACACACUCAAUCGUAGUGAGUCUAAUUUUGAAGACAUUUACAAGGGUGGCCGUUAUCGCCAUUGCUUUAGUGCUUACUUGACUGAGGAAGAGGCGGAUGAAGUCGCUGGGCUGGAAGAAGUCGAGUAUGUGGAGCCACACCGUUGUAAGGAAUCAUCUUGGGAUUGACUAGUAUGUUACUCACCAGGUUGCGGAGAUCACGAACAUGCAACUAAAUUAGUAUUCCUUUGAAUUUAAAGCUUAUUCCGUGGACGUAGUGCGCGCUUAACUAGAUUUUAUAUUAUGGAGUUAUUUGUGCUAAAAACUAAUAAGUCAAAUAGAUAGAACAUGCUCAU